AUGGGUGCAAAUAGUCAGAACGUUGAGAGUGUGACGAGAGUUCGGAGACUGUUCAGCUUCUCCCAGAUCUUUGCCUUUUCUCUCACCUUUAUGAGCACGUGGGAGGGUAUGAAUACAAAUAUGUUCUUCGCUCUCUACAACGGAGGCCCUCAGACGUUUGCCUGGAGCGUCGUGAUUGUCUACUUCGGGGCAAUCGCGCAAGCGGCAUCUAUCGCAGAAAUGGCAUCGACUAUUCCGAUCGCCGGCGCUCAAUACCACUGGACAUACAAUCUGGCUCCGUCAAAUAUGAAAAGAUUCAUCACCUGGAUGCAAGGUUGGAUGACGUGGUUUGGCUGGGUUUCUUUGCUCGCCGGCAUUGCAAAUAUCACCGCCAUCAUCCUGCAGCAGCUGGCAAUGCUCAAUCAUCCGAGCUACGUCCCCGAGACUUGGCACAUCACACUCAUCAUGAUCGCUAUCCUGUUUGUCCAGGGUCUGAUCAACUCCUUCGGGAAAACGUUCGCGAUUGUACCCUGGCUUGAGCUUGUGGCCGGAAUACUCCACGUCUGUCUUUUUGUCCUGUUUCUUGUCGUCUUGGUCGUCAUGGGCAGCCGCCACAGUGCUGAAUUUAUCUUCUUGGAACAAUCCAUUUCCUCAGGCUGGUCCAAUACCUAUGUUGCUUGGAAUUUGGGCAUGCUCACUUGUGCGUGGAGUUUCACUGGAUUUGAUGAUUCCUGCCAUCUCAGCGAAGAAACAAAGAAAGCUCCUCAGGCGGUGCCGCGAGCAACAUUCUGGUCCAUUGCCUUGAACGGCGUCCUGGCAUAUGCGAUGGUGAUCGCCAUCCUCAGUGCUAUGGGUCCCAUUGACGAAGUGCUCAGCUCUGGGUUUCCCAUUAUCACGAUCCUCCUCCGGGUCACAGGCUCAGUCAAAGCAACCACUGCGAUGGUCUGUGGGCUCUUUGUUAUUUCAUUUUGCGUCAACAUAGCGUCUAUUGCCUCAGUGUCACGGCUGACUUGGGCUUGGUCCCGGGACGGGGGCUUACCCCGCUGGUUUGCACUUGUGGACUCAACCCACCAUGUACCGAUCCGAUCUAUAUGGCUCUCGCUUGUCGUUGUCAUGCUGUUGUCACUUUUGAAUAUCGGCUCCACCACGGCUUUCGGAGCCAUCACAGCGCUUUCGUCCUUAGCGUUGUACUUUUCUUAUGGCACGGCAAUCUCGGCAAUGCUGUUGGCGCGUUGGACCUCUUCGCGCGGUGGUAAACCCCUGGAACUGGGUGGAUGGAACCUGGGUCGAUACGGAGUCUAUAUCAACUCUUUCGCCCUCGUUUAUACACUGUAUAUCAUGGUGUUUUUGCCGAUUCCAAGCACGAUCCCUGUGACGGCGGUGAACAUGAACUAUGCGGGGCCGAUAUUCCUCUUCGUCUUCUUCUUUGCCAUCGGCCUUUGGUUCCUGCGCGCGCGGAAACAUUGGCCGGGUCCGAAUGUCGCCGUCAUUGACUUCGUCAAGGCACAAGAGUAA